AUGGCAGCUGAAGGGAAUGUGCUCACUGUGCACUGUGCUGGCUCGAAGGCCUGCUUCCCGCUGAUUUCCAGGGAUGGCAGCCUUCUUUACAACAAGGGAGAUGUCCACCUCAGCUCCAUCUCCUCCGUCUUAGCUCUUAAAAGAGCCAAAUUCCAGGGUUCACCAGAGAAGUUUAACACGUACGUGACCCUGAAGGUGCAGAAUGUGAAGAGCACGACCGCCGCGGUCCGAGGUGACCGGCCCUCCUGGGAGCAGGAGUUCAUGUUUGAGAUCAGUCGUCUGGACCUGGGUCUGAGCGUGGAGGUCUGGAACAAAGGACUCAUCUGGGACACGAUGGUGGGGACAGUGUGGAUCGCCCUGAAGACCAUUCGUCAGUCGGAUGAGGAAGGGCCUGGGGAGUGGUCCACUUUGGAAGCUCAAACAUUAAUGAAAGACGACGAGGUCUGUGGAACUAAAAACCCAACUCCUCAUAAGAUUCUGCUGGACACGAGAUUCGAGUUGCCUUUUGAUAUCCCAGGAGAGGAAGCCCGAUACUGGACCUACAAAUUGGAGCAAAUCAGUGCCUUGGGGACUGGCAGCGAGUAUUCUGGUCCGGACGAGAGCCUGAGCAAGCCGUUGUCCGCUGCUGCCGCCCAGUGUUGUCCCUGGACUUCUCUGCACUGGGGAGAGCAGCAGACCUUGGAAGACCCUGAUAGUGCUGUUGAUGACCGAGACAGCGACUACCGCAGCGAGACCAGCAAUAGCGUGCCGCCGCCUUCCCACACGGCGUCCCAGCCCAGUGCUUCCAUGCACCAGUUACCCGGGCCAGUGCCUCAGUGGCUGCUGCCGCCUGGCAGCCCCCGAGACUCUUGCAACGACUCUGUGCAAAGCUUCGACCUGGGCUGUCCGGAUCGCCGGGCCCUCAGCCCCACCAGCAGUAGGUACGGCUCUUCCUGUAAUGUGAGUCAAGGAAGCUCUCAGCUGAGUGAACUAGACCAGUGUCAGGAGCAAGAUGAUGACCAUCGGGAGAGAGACUCCGUUCAUUCUUGCCACAGCUCUGGAAGCGCCUCCCGAGAUGGCCAGGCAGGUUUUGCAGAACAAGAGAAGGCCUUGGAGGCAAUGGAUGAAACAGGAAAGGGGAAGGCACGUGAACCCAAGGAGGUGAGACGAGAUGCCACCGCCCCUCCUCUCCCACAGCUGGUGCUACACAGAGAAGACACCGCAGGCCCCCAGGAGAGUUUUCCUGAGGAGAACGCAUCUUCACCGUUGACCCAAGCCAGAGCGCACUGGAUCCGAGCAGUUACCAAGGUCCGGCUGCAGCUGCAAGAGAUUCCAGAUGAUGGUGACCACUCUCUGCCCCGGUGGAUCCCUGAAGGCCUUUCCAUUGAGAAGCAGAGGAGACACCUGGAUCCUGGGAAAAGAAGAGGUUCCGUCUCUUUGGUCCAGUCUCGGAAGGCAGGCAUUACUUCUGCAAUGGCUACACGCACCUCUCUCAAAGAUGAGGAGCUGAAAUCCCACGUGUAUAAGAAAACCCUGCAAGCCUUAAUCUACCCCAUCUCGUGCACCACACCCCACAACUUUGAGGUCUGGACGGCUACCACCCCGACCUACUGCUAUGAGUGUGAGGGCCUGCUCUGGGGCAUCGCCCGGCAGGGCAUGCGCUGCAGCGAGUGUGGAGUCAAGUGUCAUGAGAAGUGCCAGGACCUGCUCAAUGCCGACUGCCUGCAGCGGGCUGCAGAAAAGAGCUCUAAACAUGGAGCUGAGGACCGGACCCAAAACAUCAUCAUGGCCAUGAAAGACCGUAUGAAGAUCAGAGAGCGGAACAAACCGGAGAUCUUCGACGUUAUCCGGGAUGGCUUUGCUGUCAGCGAGGCUGCCCACGCGCAGCAGAUGAAGGCGGUGAAGCACAGCGUCCUGGAUGGCACUUCCAAGUGGUCGGCCAAGAUCAGCGUCACCGUGGUCUGUGCCCAGGGCCUGCAAGCCAAGGACAAGACAGGAUCCAGUGACCCUUAUGUGACUGUGCAAGUAGGCAAAACCAAGAAGCGUACCAAGACCAUUUUUGGAAAUCUGAAUCCUGUCUGGGAGGAGAAGUUCCAUUUCGAGUGCCACAACUCCUCUGAUCGCGUUAAGGUACGUGUGUGGGAUGAGGACGAUGACAUCAAGUCAAGGGUAAAGCAGCGGCUGAAGCGAGAGUCGGAUGAUUUCCUUGGCCAGACCAUCAUUGAGGUUCGGACACUGAGUGGCGAGAUGGACGUCUGGUACAACUUGGAGAAGAGGACAGACAAGUCAGCUGUCUCAGGAGCCAUACGACUACAGAUAAAUGUGGAGAUCAAGGGGGAGGAGAAGGUGGCCCCGUAUCAUGUGCAGUACACGUGUCUCCAUGAGAACCUCUUUCAUUACCUCACAGACAUUCAGGGUGGUGGAGGAGUCCGGAUCCCUGAGGCUCGAGGAGACGAUGCGUGGAAGGUGUACUUCGAUGAGACAGCCCAAGAAAUCGUGGAUGAAUUUGCCAUGCGCUAUGGCAUUGAGUCUAUAUAUCAGGCCAUGACGCACUUUGCAUGUCUGUCCUCCAAAUACAUGUGUCCUGGUGUGCCAGCCGUCAUGAGCACCUUACUGGCCAACAUCAACGCCUACUACGCCCACACGACCGCGUCCACUAACGUCUCUGCAUCCGACCGUUUCGCAGCCUCCAACUUUGGGAAAGAGAGAUUUGUGAAACUGCUGGACCAGCUGCACAACUCGCUGAGAAUCGACCUGUCCACGUACAGGAAUAAUUUCCCUGCUGGGAGCCCCGAGCGGCUUCAGGACUUGAAAUCCACAGUGGAUUUGCUGACCAGCAUUACUUUCUUCAGAAUGAAGGUCCAGGAGCUGCAGAGCCCCCCGAGAGCCAGCCAGGUGGUGAAGGACUGUGUGAAGGCCUGCUUGAACUCCACCUAUGAGUACAUCUUCAACAACUGCCAUGACCUGUACAGCCGCCAGUACCAGCUGCAGGAGCUUCCUCCAGAGGAGCAAGGGCCCAGCAUUCGGAACCUGGAUUUCUGGCCCAAACUCAUCACCCUCAUUGUGUCGAUCAUAGAGGAGGAUAAGAAUUCCUACACAGCUGUUCUUAACCAGUUUCCUCAGGAAUUGAACGUGGGAAAAGUCAGCGCAGAAGUGAUGUGGCAACUGUUCGCCCAAGACAUGAAAUAUGCACUAGAGGAGCACGAGAAAGACCGGCUGUGUAAGAGCGCCGACUACAUGAACCUGCACUUCAAGGUGAAGUGGCUGCACAAUGAGUACGUGCAGGAUCUGCCCGCCCUCCAGGGCCGGGUGCCCGAGUACCCAGCGUGGUUUGAGCAGUUUGUGCUGCAGUGGCUGGAUGAGAAUGAAGACGUGUCCCUGGAGUUCCUGCGUGGGGCCCUGGAACGGGAUAAGAAGGAUGGUUUCCAGCAGACAUCGGAACACGCACUCUUCUCCUGCUCUGUGGUGGACGUCUUCACACAGCUCAACCAGAGCUUUGAGAUCAUCCGGAAGCUGGAAAGCCCAGACCCUACCAUCCUUGCCCACUACAUGAGGCGAUUUGCUAAGACCAUUGGGAAGGUGCUGAUGCAGUAUGCAGACAUCUUAUCAAAGAACUUCCCAGAUUACUGCACCAAGGAGAAACUGCCCUGCAUCCUGAUGAACAACAUGCAGCAGUUGCGGGUCCAGCUGGAGAAGAUGUUCGAAGCCAUGGGAGGCAAGGAGUUGGACCCUGAAGCCGCAGACAGUCUGAAGGAGCUGCAGGUGAAACUGAAUACAGUUCUGGACGAGCUCAGCAUGGUGUUUGGAAACAGGUCAAUUGAUGAGCGUGUCCGACAAAUGGCUAACAUCCUGGGCCAGGUGCGGGGCCCCGGGAACGCGUCCCCUAACACCAGGGCCUCGGUGGCUCAGGAUGCAGACGGCGUGCUGCGGCCUCUCAUGGACUUCCUGGACGGCAACCUGACGCUCUUCGCUGCCGUGUGUGAGAAGACGGUGCUGAAGCGCGUGCUCAAGGAGCUGUGGCACGUGGUGCUGAACACGAUGGAGAGGAUGAUCGUCCUGCCCCCACUCACCGACCACACGGGUACCCAGCUGAUCCUCACUGCUGCCAAGGAGCUGAGCCAGCUUUCCAAACUCAAGGACCACAUGGUGCGAGAGGAAGCGCGAAGUCUCACUCCCAAGCAGUGUGCUGUUCUUGACCUUGCCCUGGACACCAUCAAGCAAUACUUCCACGCGGGAGGCAACGGCCUGAAGAAAACCUUCUUGGAGAAGAGCCCCGACCUGCAGUCCCUGCGCUAUGCUCUGUCCCUGUACACGCAGACCACGGACACGCUCAUCAAGACCUUUGUGCGCUCCCAGACCGCCCAGGUGCAUGAUGGGAAAGGUAUUAGGUUUACUGCUAAUGAGGACAUUCGACCAGAGAAGGGGUCUGGCGUGGAUGAUCCUGUGGGGGAGGUCUCUAUUCAGGUGGACCUGUUCACACACCCUGGUACUGGGGAGCACAAGGUCACGGUGAAAGUGGUGGCUGCUAAUGACCUGAAGUGGCAGACAACAAGUAUGUUCCGGCCCUUUGUGGAAGUGACCAUGGUUGGCCCACACCAAAGUGACAAGAAGAGGAAGUUCACAACCAAGUCCAAAAGCAACAACUGGACCCCCAAGUACAAUGAGACGUUUCACUUCCUCCUGGGAAAUGAAGAGGGGCCGGAGGCCUAUGAGUUGCAGAUGUGCGUGAAGGAUUACUGCUUUGCCCGGGAGGACCGUGUGCUGGGCCUAGCUGUGAUGCCUCUGAGGGAUGUGGCAGCCAAGGGCAGCUGUGCCUGCUGGUGCCCCUUGGGCCGGAAGAUCCACAUGGAUGAGACAGGCAUGACCAUUCUCCGGAUCCUGUCUCAGAGGAGCAAUGACGAGGUGGCCCGCGAGUUUGUAAAGCUCAAAUCGGAGUCUCGUUCCACAGAGGAGGGGAGCUGA